GAAGAAUGAAAGCUUGCUUCGUCGCCAUCCCCUUUGCGUUCUUCAUCACCAUGGCCGUGGCAUCCCAAAGCGAGCUCUAUUGCAAACAUCAGACGCGCGAUCUCUGCAUCGCCGACCAAGACUGUCGCUGGGAUGCCAACGCUGGCUGCCUCCCGAUCGAUUGAGACAGUUUCUCACUUCCGUACCAUCGAGCUAUGCCUUCAGCUUUGCUCGCUGAGCUUGCAAUGUAGACUCAUAGACUCGAAUGUAGACGCUGGCCG